UGUGUAAGGAAUUGGCACAGCCAAUUUGUUUCAGUGUGUGGAGAGCCUGAGUGAGGUGCGUGCAUAGUGGACCUAUAACUUGUGAAGAUGUGCAUGACUUAGACAGUUCGUUUUCAACACCAGACAACUAAACUUUCAUUAUCACCCACGACGGACAUAAUACCGUAUACAGAUCCUGUGCGUACUUUAUACGACUUUGGUUGGACUGCAAGGCGUCGACAGGAGAAUUGACCUUUCUUUCGCACAUGCACAGCGACGCAUGGGUGGAAUGCUUCUAACGAAUAAGGACUUUUAUGGAGUUUCUUUCUUUACUUCGUCUUUGGAUAGCGUUGGGACAGUAGAGCGCGGUUGUAGCUCCCCUUUUCCCGCGGAACACUACCUGGAUGGAAACCAUGUCACCACAGCAACAGAACGAGCUGAGCCGCAGGACGUCACUCACCGGCGAGUCCAAGACCAGCACGCAACAUGAACACAAGAGGAGGAUGAAGUCUCUGAGCCAUCGUCGACAGUCCGCUCCCUCUCUGGUCAUCAACAAAGCCCUGACCAGAUCCAGAACUUUCUCCAGAGAGAGCUUCCUGGUUCCUGUCUGUCCAGAGACGUGCCCAUUGGUCCAGUCGUUCCUGUGUCCUGAUAGGGCGUUCCUCCUGCACGGCCACGUCACGCUGAAGACUGGGCUGCAGACGCAGGACAGAGACCUCUUCCUCUUCACCGACAUCCUCAUCAUCGCCAAGUCCAAGUCUCCCACACACUUCAAGCUGAAGGCCCAGGUGUGUGUGGGUGAGAUGUGGACAGCCCAGUGUAUGGAGGACGUAUGUGAGGGCAGCACCAACCCAGAGAGGAGCUUCGUCAUGGGCUGGCCCACCUGCAACUGUGUGGUCACCUUCAGCUCUGAGGUCCAGAAGGAGAGAUGGCUCUCCCUGCUCAAAAGUCGAAUAAAAGAGGAGAAGGAAAAGGAUGAUCCUAAAACCAUUCCGCUGAAGGUGUUUGGGAAAGGCAUCGGGAGUUGUGCUCAGGCCGUCAGUAAGACCUUGGGUGUCAGUAACUCUGAUUCAACCAAUGAGGUUGUCCGACUCGCUCUUCAACAGUUUGGUGUCACGAGCUGUGUGAAGGACUACCAGCUGUGGGUACGCUCCAAGAGGGACAACGCCCCUUACCCUCUCAUUGGUCAUGAGUUCCCUUUCAGUAUCCAGAUGAGUCAUAUGCGGGAGCCCCUGGCCCAGCCGGGCCGCAGGGACACAGUUCCACCUCCAGACAGACAGAGGGCGAUGCACCGCGACCAGGUACAGGUGGACAAACAGUGCCAGUUCAUCCUAAAGACCCGAUGCAGCUCCACAACAACAACGCCUGUGAUUGUAGACCCAGCUCAGAAGCCCUUCAAGCGAAGGCGUUCUCUCAUCAACUGGGCUUUCUGGAAAGGCUCCAAUCCUAACCUCCACAGUUCCUCUACAAACCUCUCCUCUCCUGCCCCCGGCUACCUGUUUGGCCAAUCGCUGAGCACCAUCUGUUGGGACAACUCCCUGCCCAAGCCCGUCAUGGACAUGCUGGUGUUCCUGUACAACGAGGGUCCGUUCACGCGGGGGAUAUUCCGACGGUCAGCGGGGGCGAGGGCGUGUCGUGAACUCAGGGACAGACUGGACUCUGGGGCUCAGGAUGUCCCGCUGACACGGGAGCACGUCUUCAUCAUCGCUGCUGUGUUUAAGGACUUCCUGCGGAACAUUCCGGGCAGUCUGCUGUGUUCCGAUCUCUAUGAACAGUGGAUGGAUGUGAUGGAGGAAGCAGAAUUGGAGGAGGCAGAGGAGGAGGAGCAGGCACAAGAUAUAACGAGGCUGAUUGGUCUACUGCCCAAAGAGAACGCCCUUCUGCUACGCCACGUGGUCGCCGUGCUGCACGGUAUCCAGGAAAACGCCCAUGACAACCAGAUGAACGCCUUCAACCUGUCUGUGUGCAUUGCUCCCAGCAUGCUCUGGGCCCCGGGCCCCAGCAGCCCCGAGGUGGAGGGCGAGGGCGCCAAGAAGGUGUGUGACCUGGUGAGGUAUAUGAUAGAACACUGCCAGGAGGUCCUGGGACAGGAUGUCACCUCUGUGUUUGGAGGUCUACCCCGGAAACGUGCCGAAUCGGACGUGUCUUCCUUCCACCUGACCGACUCGUCUUAUGACAGCCUGGAGAACAUGCUGAAUGAUGACAGCAGUGAGUCUCCAUGCCUCCACACCUCACGGCGGCGCUGGAGAGCCAAGCCCCUGCAGGGCAGCCUGGACUCGGUCCUCACCCUGAGUGACUGCGACCUGGAGCAGCCCGACCUGGACACAGACCCCAACACCACAGACCCCCAAUCUGGCAACCACAGUGAUACGAUCACACAACCUGGAUCUGGCAACCUCCUCCAGCCCUCAACACCAGCCCGAGGCAGGACCAGGAAACUCAGCCCAGCUGCGCCCCCCUCCUGUCCCAGCCCACCAACUCCUCGGAGGGGGGGGAGGAGGUGCUCCGAGCCGGCCAUAGGGUACUCUGUGGCCAGCUUCGUGGCGCGACUGGCAGGGAACGCAGACAGGCUGGGCAGCAUCGAUGACCUGGCUGGAGGUGGGGAGAUGUUUCACAGCUUACGGAAGGAUGGACAGACACACGGACCCACACACACAGGGGACUGGAAUGGCAGUAAGGGUGUGUGUGAGGGUUCGGGGUCACAAGGUGCACAGACGCGACGCCGGGAUGCGAGCUACUCCAGUCUCUCUUCGACGCCCACCUCCCCUACCCCCCCCACACGCUCCUCAGUGGACUCCCUGGACAGCCUCCUCUCCCACUCCAGCAUCCAGUCCGCUGCAUUCUGGCAACCCAGGGUGGGACCCAACGCUGCAAGAUUGACUCCCUCCCCUGUCCCUCCUGGUCCUCCUGUCCCUCUAACCCCCAUAUCUUCCCCUACUUUAACCCAUAGUCUACCCAUCCCAGCUCCAGGCCAGGAGCUCAGUCUCAAUAUCUCCCCGCCGAAGGAGAUCCCUUCCUGGGGUACGCUGAUGGGCUGCAGGGGGCUCCAUCCCAACACCUGGUUGAAGAGAGGCCGCAGACUGUCGCUGUCGCAGCAGGAGGAUGAGGGGGGAGUGGUGGGUUCCACUAACAAGACUCUCCCCACUAGCAAGUCAUGUCAGGAUAAAGGAGGGCUGAAACAGUCAUCUGAGGACCCCCCCAAGUCCAGCCUGGCCAGCUGCCCCCCAAAGGCAGGAGGGUUGCAGAAUCGCGGCAGGGUGACCAAGGACCGAAGAUCCAAUCAAGGCUCGGUGAGCCCACCAUCAUCGCGCCAGAGGUCCCUGGAGCAUUUCCACUCCUGCCGCUCUCCCUGCUACCAACCAACAGACAGACCCCUCACUGUCAAAGAGCUGAGAGAGAUACACAGCCGGGCCUGCGCAGCGAGCAACACAGGAUAUGAUGUCACAAACCAGGGCAGCCGUACCCCUCCCCAACAUGUGUUCUUUGGGCAGGGUGGACCCAGCUUGUCCCUAGCCAGGCAGAAGUCCCACUCUCUAGCCCCAGGCAAGGAUGGUCUCUCCGGGGGCAGGUGUUCCCAGCGCCGGAGCUCCGAGCCUGGGGCAGCACAUCUAGGCGAAGUUCUGGUUAAGGCCUCACACCCGGAUAGGCUUCACAGAGAGGCCAAACUGGGUCAGAGGUCAAAGUCAGUGGACGGGUCCCAAGACCUGGGGUUGAAGGUGUCCGACACGGACCAAAGCGGGGCUCCGAGGUUUUGCCUGUCUCCCUCUGCCACCAAGGCUGUGAGGGACUAUUUCUCAUCUCACACGCACAGCAAUCCCCAUAGUGGGCAGCAGGUGGCGCUAGCCCUGAUUCAGGGGCAGAGGGAGCGGCUCAGGAGGUGUAGUGAUCCCAUUCUGGAGCCUGACUUUGACCAACUGCUCUUUGCUGAAGAGUCCUACGUGUGAGACCAUCACUGGUUGUGAACAGUCACAUAAAAUGCUUCUACAUACAGCUGUGAAUGUACAGGUAGAGUCAUGUAGGACCAUAACAGAACCAAAACAUAGCGCUUAUGAGAAUCACAGAUAUAACAGCCUUCUGCUUAUUGUGGACAAACAUUCCUAUACUUACAAUGCACUUUGCUUUUCACAAUCAAUUGGUAAUAAGACUCUCAUAUAUUAUUAUAGAUUCUACUAAAAGAGCUCACUGAAGUGAAUGUAUCAUGUACGUAUUAGGACUAGCGAGGGAAGAGUAGAUUCAGAUUAUGUAAUGUGUUGUUUUAGAUCGCAGAAGUGAAGAAAUGUACUUUAGGGAUCAGGCUAUUUGGUUGGAUUACAUGUGAGAUUAUUCACAGGGACCCUUGCAGUGAACUGCCCAUGAUCAGUAUAAGAUUACAAAAACGUUUACUUUUAAACAAAAAUUCCUUACUAAACCGUGUCAUAUUUAGACAGUGUAUGCGAGGCUGUGAUUUUGCAUUGACAGUAUUUUGUAAAUAACAAAGACGAUCUUGACUGCCAAUGAAUAAAUGUUGAUAACGACAAAGCAAAGUGCUUUAAGCUUACAGCUGUAGUGUUUCCUCAAAAUACUUCUCAAACUCUGUAUUUCAAUAUGUACUGUAUAUGUGGCAGGAUGUCUGUGUGUCUGAGAGAUGUUGUGCUCCAUUCACUCUGUAUUGCUGAAGCGUUACUGAUUCUGCGAUCGAAAUGUAAAGGUCGUUUCCCGAUUGAGCUGACAUACAGUAUGCAGCGUUUACCGUGAAUGCAGUCUCCGCAAAAGCGGGAACGUUGCCUUUAAAUUUCAAUCACGCUGAAAAGCUGAACUUCCACGAUGCGGAUUGAAUAGAGCCCUAUGUUUGUAUAGAUGUGUCUGAGAAGUAUACAUUAAUUAUAUAAUCUGUACGGUAAAUUUACAGUAUAUGCAGUAUGAUUGUUCGCUUAUUUUCUACAUUUGAAGGUAUUCAUUUCAUACUAAUUGCUGCCAAUUGUCUUAUGUGCAUUUUCACAUAGCUUUCUACACCAUAAAUUGUGCUUUGUUCUCUUUGUAUUUGUGCCCAUAGGAUGCUUUAUAAUGUUUAAAGUGUACACGCUGUGCUGUAUUGAGAUUGUACAAGCUGGCAGAUACCGCCGCUGCUUUAAUAAACUGGCUACUACACUCGUUUGAUGUGUAACGCAUAAGAUAAUCAGAUCAUCGAAUAAAACAAACCACCUUGGCUAGUAAGACUAA